AACCAAAGAUUCCCUCCCCGCUUCCUCAAGGAAGCAAGAAAAAGAACCCUUCCUCCACAAUCUCCGCCUGUGUUGGGACGACAGAUCGCUACUCCAAAUCCACACAAAACCAUUUUAUUUGUCUUCGAUCCCGCCGAUCUGACGUCGGGUUAGGGUUUUCGAGUUCUCGAGGCUUGCUUGCUUGCUUGCGGUCUUGGAGGACUGGAUAGGGUUUCAGAGGAGAUCGAUGGCGACAAGGCGUGAGGACGCGGAGUACGAGAGCGAUCCUGAGGACGCGCCGCUCCCCUCGAUGCGGCGGAGGGAGGCCAGCGACGACGAGGACGGGAUGGCAUCCGACGGCGGGGGGAAGCCUGUGAGGAAGGACCCGAGGGCUGGGAUCGGAUCUGACGGAGAAUCGGAUGGCCAAGGUGGAGCACAGGUCUACGACGAUGAAGCGGAUGAGGAGGAAGAUGAGAUGGAGGAGUACUACGAUGAGGAAGAGGAAUAUGGUGAAAUGGAUGAGGAAUUGGAAAUGGAAGAUGAAGUCGUGGAAGAGGGAGGACAUCGUGCUGCCUCGGUAAAGGAGGAGGGUAUUAAGGAAGUACGGCAGUCCCUGGAAUAUGAGGGCCAGGGAGAUGGUGACCGGAGAUCCAGUGGGAACGCAAUGGAACACCCGGACAAGAAUCAGGUGGAAGAUGAGGAGGAGAAGAAGAAGGAGAAUGAGCCGUAUGCUGUGCCCACUGCUGGGGCUUUCUACAUGCAUGAUGACCGAUUCCAGGACAAUGGCAGGGGACGACGCAGGCGUAUGUUUGGUGGGCGGAAGUUGUGGGAUCCUAAGGAUGAACGUGCCUGGGUGCAUGAUAGAUUUGAAGAGAUGAAUCUGCAAGAUGCACAAUACGAUGAGGAAAGAAUGAGAUCCAGGGGCCGUUUUAGAGGUCGAGGUGGUGGCAAAAGUCAGGGUGCUAGUCGUGGUUAUGGUAGAGGCAGCAGACAUCGCGAUUACAGUGAUGUUGUCAACAGUCAAAACCGUACCUCGAGGACUGUAAGAGGAAGAGGACCUAGGCGCUAUGAAGCUCUUCCAAAGAACAAUAGAGACAUUCCUGCCAGUCGACAGAAACAAUCACCUGCAAAACCUCAAGAGCCAACAACGAGUGCUAGUACAAGGAAACAAUCCUCUCAAACUGCAAAUGUGGAGUUGGACCCUGUUGUUCCUCAAAAGCAUUCUUUUGCUUCAAGCCUAAAUUCUGCUUCUCCCCCUUUUUACCCUUCUGGAUCAUCCAAUUCCAACCAAGACAUCUUGUUGAUGCAGAAAAGAGAUGCACAAGCUGGAAUUAUUAACGAUAGCCUCUCCUAUUCAAUGCAUACGGAAGAGAAUUCUCAGUCAUCUCAGUCUAGCACAUUGCUGAGAGGAAAGACAGUUGUUGAUUCUGUUGGCCAUGAUAGGUUGUAUAUGAGCGAUUCCCACCGAUCAGUUGUUGGAAAAACUUUGGCUAGUGUUCAUUUGCAGCCUUCGGGGUUUUAUCCAUCACCUGAUAAUGCUGAUAUUUCAUCCAGCUCCAGGGUCCAAGGAACAGGUAUUAACACUGCUGGACCACCAAAUAAUCAAUCUGCUUCUGCUGUUAACCAUGUUGGAAGAGUUUCUGCACAUACCCAGGCUCCAAAUGUUCAGCCGAGCCCAGCUCAAACUUCUUUUCAACCUGCUGUACGGGUUCCUGCUCAGCAAUUCAUCCACCGUUCUGUCAGUGGAAAUCAAACUUCAUCUUCAUCUCCACCUCCAGCAGGAAAUUCAUCUGAAGUUGGAGAUGUUGAUUCACCUCCAGGUUCAGGUAAAUCCAGAACUUCAGUGGUUGGGAAGGGCAAAAUUAACAAUCAAGGAACUGGAAGAAGUUCGUUCAUUUAUAGUGGAGGCCAAGUUCUUGGAGCGACUGGGGCUAUGGGCCUUGCCCAUGGUGAUCAAAACUUCCGCACUCCAGCACUCUUACCAGUUAUGCAAUUUGGAGGCCAGCAUCCUAGUGGCCUUGGAGUCCCUGCUGUUGGUAUGGCACUUCCUGGAUAUGUUGCUCAACCGCAGCUUGGUUUUGGGAAUUCUGAAAUGACAUGGGUGCCAGUAUUGGCGGGUAUGCCUGGGGCUCUAGGGGCAUCUUAUUGUCCACCCUACCUUGCUCUUGAUGGAAACUAUUAUCGUCCUUCAGGACAGAACUCAUCAUCAGCUUCCUCCAAUUGGUUUCUUCUAGAGAAAGAAUUUUGCUAAGCAGGUAGAGGUGUCUCAUAAAUUACUGGAAGCUGAGGAAGGUAUUUGUCAUUUCAUAAGACAAGGUAAUUGUAGAAGAGGAUUCCUUAGUUUUAUAAAAUUGAAAAGGACAAAUAGAAAAAGGACAUCAAUUAGAUUGAUCUUUGUGUAGACCCCUGGGAAAAAGUGAGGCUUAUGAGAUCAACAAGAGGUGUAGAUAUGGAAAUUUAGGAAAAUUGAUUUUGGUUCAACCGAAAGAGGUGUUGGCUCUUUUGGAAGAGAUGGUUGGCUUGGCUUGAAACAAGGUAGCAAUACCAAGUGGAGUUUGGUAUGUUUUCUGACGUGAAAUAAGAAUAAAAAUGUCUGCUUGCUUGAAUUAUGAUGGUGCAUUUAUUAUUAUUUGUAUAAAUCAAUGCUUGUUUUAGCUUCUGAAGGAUAAAGAUACUAAUGUACAUAAGGCUUCUGUAUCAGUGAGGCAGUACUUAUUGAAGAAGCAAUACAUGUUGAUCCCAGUUAUGUUAGAACUUCUGUGCCUUAACAUGUUGGUAUCUGGAAAUGGAAUUGAUUAUUUUAUGUACAAUAUAUGUGACAACAUGUUCAUCACGUGCAACAUAUACAAUACAUGUGAGCAUUAUAUCGGAUGGAAGCAUCUAAUGACUGAUUAUGAUGCUUGGGUGACAAUAGACUCUAGUAUAGCAUAUUUAUAUCCAUCUAUUUCUGAACCUUUAUGAUAUAACUCGGAAGGUUGUAUUCAAUGCAAGGGUGUGCAUUGCAAGUGGUUGAUCAGUAGAAUGUACCAAAAACAUUCAUUCAUUGUUUAAUUCUCACUAUACAUCAUAUGCUGAUAAGAUAUAAGUUUUGACUAUGCAUUUUUAUUGUAUUAGUAACAUGGUUACACCAUGAUGAUACUAUAAGUAUUGGCAUCAUCAUAUUUCUUUUGAUUUUGUGAUAACUAAGCAUAUCAAUAAAGUUAGAAGCUUAUAUUUUGUGUAAACAAUGAAGCUACAAAGUCAUCAAUAAUGACUUAAUGAAAGAGUUUUUUUUUCCUCACAGAUCUCUUGUAUUAGUAUCUGCUCAAUAUAUCCAAGACUUGAGACAUUACUUAUUCCCUUUCUAACUUAGCAUAGGUGUGGCUAUUUGAAAGCUUCUUCGAACAAACAUAAAUGCAUAGAUCUGAUCUUACCAGUUGUUCAAGAAACUACUCUUAAGCGUCUCUCCUGUGAAUUGCUAUGCCCAUGAUGCUUUUGGAGAUUAGUUAAAUGUGCAAUUCUUGUUUUAUCUUCUAUUGGUGAUUGUACCUACUGGGCACCUUGGUUUUGUAGCUUAUUGUGAUACUUCAGCAACCUAAUUGGUCAUUCCUUUG